CUACCAAGCAUUCUACCAACAUCUCACACACUGCCCCAUAUCAAAGCUUCAAAAUCUUCCUUCUCUCAUUCAUUCUUCUUUUACUCUUUCAUCACUUCUCAUCCUUUAGACGUACUAAAUUAACAAGAUUGUAGUCUCUGAACUAAAUGGCAACAAAUUCUCUCCAUUCAAUUCAACAACACCACCAUUCUCUCAUCAAACGCCACCACCCUUCUUCUGAGACCUCUCCACCAACACAUUCUACCUCACUCUUCCUCAAACCCACAACCAUCAACACCAACAUCACCCUAUCUCACUACUCUUUCUUAACUCCUUCAAAUUCUCAUUCUUCUUCCAACAACUCCUCUGUUACCUUCUCUCUUUCCCAAACAACUUCUUCCACCCCAUCAACUUCUCAAACAAUCUCCUUUGAACACCUCCGUCAGCUUCUCUCAGCAAAAAACUUCCAGCAAGCGGAUGAAGAGACUCGCCGCCUUCUCAUCGUCCUUGCCGGCGAACCUGCUCAGAAGCGUGGCUAUGUGUUCUUCUCGGAGGUCCAAUUCAUCUCAGAAACUGACCUCAAAACCAUUGAUGAACUGUGGAGGGAGCAUAGCGAAAACAGGUUUGGCUACAGCGUUCAAAAGAGAAUAUUUGAAAAGGCUAAAAGGGACUUCACCAGAUUCUUCAUCAAGGUUCGUUGGAUGAAGAAGCUUGAUACUGAGAUGGAACAAUACAACUAUAGGUCCUUUCCCUCUGAGUUUGUGUGGGAACUCAGUGAUGACACCCCAGAGGGUCAUUUGCCUUUGACAAACGCGCUUAGAGGGACACAGUUGCUCUACAACAUUCUUAACCAUCCAGCUUUCGAUGCAGUCGAGGAAGAGGGUGGUGAAGAUGCACUUGACAACAACAACAACAAUGGGGCACUCACGGGAUUGAAGGAUAAUAGCUCAACAACAAAGCCAUUGGCUCAGAGGAUCUUCAAACCAGACUAUAGCUUCUGAGUUUUGUCAAGUUUACCAUACACUCUCUAAGUGCACACAGAAUGUAAUUUAAUUUGGGUCUUAAAUUUCACCUAUAUUAUAGUAAUUAUUAACUUAUUAUCAACCAAUGAAAGUUGGUGCUUGGUUUUCUUUUCUUUUCUUUUUUUCUCCUUUUGUUCCCUUUUUCAUUUUUUUUUUUUUAUCAAUGUACUACUUUACAUCCUUCUCUAGAGCUUAUUUAAAUUUCCUUUGCCUUUAUAGGCUAACUGCCA